AUGGCAGAUCGUUUGGAAGCAUUGGAGCACUGCUUCAUUCAGAUGGAGCCAUCCCAAACGUAUAACUGUGGCACUUUUUAUCUGUCCAAAUUGGUCGACGGCUACCUCACUCUGACAGACUGCAAACCAACGGAAUGUCGAUCGCUUCAACAAACGAGCCUGCGUUUGGACGACAAUUAUGUACAUCACCUUGGUCUCGGACAGACGGGUCACACAGAUACGGUCUGCCCUCCUGAAGCUGCAAUUCGAGGCGCAGAGGGUGGUGGCAACAGUGACCCUAUCAGAGGCAUCGCCCGAGACGUUGAGGCCUCGAAACCGGAGACACGGGCGGAAGAAAGGUUGUCAGCACAGCCCAUGGCUCCUAUGUAUCCAGGCGAUGCUCAGUCUGACCAAGAGCCUGGUACCUGGUGCCUACGAUCCGAUCGCCAGAGGGUUCUAAGCAGCUGGAUACCAUGGCUGCCUUUGUCUGCGGAACGUCUUCCGGCCGGAGUCACCGUGUUCGUGGGCGGUCUGCCAGAUUGGUUGGCGGUGAAAUCGAGUAAGCGAAAUUAUAUCACAGCUUCCUGUUCCGAUUGA